UGUGAAGAAUGAGCACCGCCGUGCUGGCAGCCGUGCUGGGUGGGAUGUGUGAGGGAUGCAGUGCCCCUAAAACCCUGUCUCCCCCAGUUGGCAGGGCAGCCAUGCCGCUGCCCACCCUGGCCCCACCACUGAGCAUGGUGGUGGCCGGGCAGCGUCGGCAGCUGGUGGUCUGUGUGGUGAGCGACCUGGCCCCCAGCUCCGGCCACGCUGUCUGGAUCUCCAGCGGGAAUGGCAGCGUCCUGCCGUCCUUUGCCUACGGGGCCUCUCAGGAGGAUGGUGGCACCGUCUGCUCUGUCUCCCUCCUUUCCAAUGACCUUCUGGCCGAGGGAGAACUCGCCUGCCAUGUCGGGGCCAACAGGACCUCCCCGUCCCACAGCUCCAGCCCCAUCCGCAUCAUGGGCAACGAGGAGGUGGCAGAGCUGUGUCCUGGUAGCACAGUUGGUGAGUCUCUGGCCCUACCGUGGUGUGAAUGUCAGUUACCAGGGAGAAAACCGUGCUGGGCUCCUGGCAGGGGCUUGACUGCAGCUGUGUGGUGGUUGGGAUGGGUUUUCCCUGUGUGAAGGCACCUGGUGGGAAGAAUGGGGAUGGUGCGUCAGAGCCAGCCUGCCUCAGGGACAGCAUGAGGGUGACAUGAGGUGACUCUGGCACACGUAAGGCUUCCAGAUCCCCCUGAACCUGGCCCUGUGGCAGGCCU